CCCACUUUACAAUCCGAACGAUUUAAGGAUCUGGCUUUCUACUAGUUCUAAACCGACAUCACAGAAUCUGGCGCUUCCUUCUUACCUCGUUGCAGCUCCGCAACCAGGAUUGCUACGACCUCUUGCGAGGGAGAAGCGAGAAGCGCUUAGGUAGGGUCGAAGUCUCUGUAACGGAGACUCGACUUUACUAGAUUCGACUCAGCUCAGGAAUAGGGAAUAGUGGCUCAAAUCUUACAAUCACAAAGACACACGAACCAACUAUCUUACGCCACUCAUCAUGCCCCCGAAGAUCGAUUUCAGGAAGCGACAGAAAGGUGCUCUCGUGGAGACGAGCCAGCCCAGACCUAUCCGUAUCUCUGCUCCAGGCCAUAUCCUGGGCAAAGGCCCAGGUCAAGGCAGAAUGGAGGGGGAGCCGACCGACGAGGUGCAGCAAUAUCGUCAGGACAUGGCAAACGCUCCACCUCGGCUUCGGGUCGAGCUCACACCGCCUCCACCUAGCUCCAGCGAACGAGGAAGAGGAACGUUUCGGGGUGGUAGAGGCAGAGGAGCAAGGGGCGUCAGAGGAGGAAUAGCUGGACGAGGUCGUGGUGGAGCGUUGGGAGGAGGUAUGCCGGGGCCUAGUAGACCCGCUGUUCCACCCACUGGACCUGCUGCAAUGAGUGCUGGUCAACCUGCCAGGCAGGCUUCUGCAGGCCCCGCCUUCCUGAACUUGGGUAAUUCUGCUGGGAACAGCCGAAUUGGUGCGCCUUCGGCCGGAACCUCUUCAUACGCCGGAGGGAGGGCUCCUCAGCCAGCUAUUCAUCCCGAUCGCAAGCCCAUCAUUCAAUCAGCACAACGCCAAAACGCACAGGCUCAAAGCACACCUUCCAAAAAGCUACCCGACCGACCGCUUGCCGACACCCCUCCUGCCAAUACUACCACAUAUCCUCCAGCUCCUCCUGAAGCACCUGACACAGCUCCCUCCCGACCGUAUCAACCUAUGGGCGCUUACGCAAAAGUCAUGCAAAACCGGAUAGACCGCUCUAUCGCUUCUGCCGAGCCGGUCGCACAUACGGCUGAACGUAUGGUUGUGGAGCCAGCGACGCAAACCACGAAUUCGGCAUCUGCCGGCAGUUUCGAGGCAUCCAGUUCUGUGGCAAGCCGCCCCGUUACACCUGCGCCUACCGGCAAACGUGCUGAAAAAUCCACCUUCACCGGAGCUCGUUCUGACACACCUACUUCCGUUGGAAAACGUCCUGAAACAUCUACCUCUACGGUCACAGCAUCAACAAUACCUGCACCAGCAGGAAACCAACCCGAUCCAUCUACCUCUCAGCCCGGAGCAUCUGCCUCUACAGUAUCAGCUGUAUCUACGACGGCCCGCCCUAAGAGCAAACUGAAGUUCAAGCCGAAUCUCACAAAACCUGCUUCGAAGCCUCCAACUGCGACUGAUCGACCAGCUCCGGCCUUUAUCACCCGGGGAAGGGACGCCUACUCGCCCUCAGAACCGGUCGUUCCUCUUCCAUCUGAAUCAUUGAGCUCGGACUCCUCGGAUGAAGAACCGUUGGCUGCAGGUUACCGUGCGAGGUCCCCUACUACCCCAGUCGAACCCGCGCCUGACUUAGAUGUCGAGGUCUUACGUAGCACGCGGCGUAUCGUUGACUACACUGCUCAAGUAAAAACUGAACCCGGAACGGCUGCAAUGAUGGCCUCCAGUAUUGACGAGCCAGAGGAAGAGGCCGUGGAAGAUGCUGAUGACAGUGAGAAACAGAGCUCUACUCUGCUAAUUCUGAAAAGUCAGCGACCGGAUCUGGCGGAUUGCUGGUCUCGCGAUGUGAAAGUCCGAAUUGAGGCUCGAAAGGCAGCACGUAUCGCGGUAGAAAAGGAACUGGAAAACAAGUCACGCAGAAUCACAAGCUCCAUGUGGCGGGAUGACGGCUACGCUGUAGAUUGGGCCCUUAUCAGCCAGGGAAUCGUCACCUACAGUUACGCGCGAGAACUCCGACCUUUCGAGCAACCUGAACAUUUGCGGGAACUCGUCAUCGCCAAACGGACCGCAUGGGAAGAGGAGCAAUUGAAGCAAUGGGAUGCAACUUACCCGGACCGCACACGAGGAAAUAUCAAACGCACGUCAUUCAAGUUCUCAUUUGAAUGGCACCGGCGUUCCGCGACUCUGGAUUCGACGGUUUUGACUGGCGGGCCACCUACCGCUUCUUCUGGACAGUCAUCUAACCCCGCAAAGCGGGUACGUUCGCCUUCUCCAGAGACUGGCCGCAAGAGCCUCAAAUGUUCCAUAGAUCAAGCCGCAAGGACUACCUGCGCCCCGACUCCCGAGAUUGGUCUAUCUGAACAGCCAAGCACAUCGUACACGGCAAUAGAGAUCCUCUACGUUGAGGACCAAAGAGCCAAAAGCCGUGUGCCGGUCGUGCAUCCACGUCAAUACGCUCUAGGCAUCUCUGCGCGAGCCGCAAAAGCCGAUGUGAAAGAAUGGAGCCAACGAUGUUUGCCAAAAAUCACUGGAAAACAAGCAUGGCAUCCCGCAGACAACAACAAAGCACCGGAGAACGUAAGAAAUGCGGUGCGGUCGUUUAUCCAAAAACUCUUUCAGCUUGAAUCCAUUCGAGAGGUACACUCGCUGCGCACCAUGUACCACCCCAACUGCACGAUUUCCGUCUUGGUUCAGGACGUAAAGGGUACAAGUUCGAUAGGGAGGGACCUGGCGAAUUCGAUGACUGGUAUCGAAUUGCUUGCACGCCGCCUUUUUACAUUUGGCAGCAGCAAGUGAGAAGCGAUGCUGCGAAGCUUCUCUUGCUUUGCACCUGCUGUUCAACAUGUACCUCGGGCAAGCAGAACGUAGGAAGCGUCAAGCCACAGACGGUGUUCAACUUCCGACGCACCUGGAUUUUGUCGUUCGACCGCGAUAUUC